AUGUCUACAAAGAAAAAUUAUCUCUACUUUGGAUCCGAGAAAAUCAACCCGGUCUCUAGCGACUUCGAGUUCGACGAAUCCGACGUGUGGAACACCGGUCAAGGCGUGUCCAGCGAGCCGAAGAGAUCGUUUUUCGGCGCACGCGCUCCCAAGAAACCUGCGAAACGGCAUGAUCAUUGUAAUGAUCAUGCGACGGAUGUUUCGUCCAGGUCGCUGCCUGUGAACGUGCCGGAUUGGUCGAAGAUUCUUGGGAGCGCGUACAAGAAUCGGACGGUGGAGAUCGACGAUGAGAAUGAGGGGGAGGAUGGGGAUGAGAGAGUGCCGCCCCAUGAGUAUUUAGCGAGGACUCGAGGGGCUUCGGGUUCGGUGCAAGAAGGGGCUGGGAGGACUCUGAAAGGGAGGGACAUGAGAAUGGUGAGAAAUGCUAUUUGGAAGCAGACUGGUUUUGAGGAUUAG